CGGUAUCGGUCGUUGUCGUGAACACUCGUGAAUGUACGCGGGUGAAAUGUCAACGAGUAUAUGUCGUUGUUGUCGCGACUGCUGAGUCGUAUGUGCCUGUGUGUUGUUUUGUUUUAGUCCCUUGCGCGUGAUAUUAUUAGUGAGACAAAGAAAGAGUAUAUCCUGUUGAUUUCGUCGAGUGUUAUAUAUCGCUAAGUGUGAAAGAAAGAAUUUGUGUCCAAUGAGAGGUGCAAGCAUGUCGAAGAACAAGUUGAACUUGACCCUGCCUGCAGGCUCGAUCGAGCCUGCUCCAGCGGUCUCACCUUCGCCGCCUGUGCCACCGACUUAUGCUGCUUCUACUGCUAUCGCCGCUGCUGCUGCUUCUGAACCAUCAGUCAUUCCAGAUGGAGUUAUGGGCAAAAUAAACAUUGACUCCAUUCAGGAGAGAUUAGAAGAAUUGGGUAUGGACGAGGAGCAAAGAAAGAGACUUGAAAGUUUCUUAGGGCAAAAGGAGAAAGUUGGUGAACUAUGCGACGAGGACUUUGAGAAACUUGGUGAACUUGGUGCAGGUAAUGGUGGUGUUGUUAUGAAAGUUAGGCAUAAAAAGUAUGGACUUAUCAUGGCAAGAAAGUUGAUACAUUUAGAAGUGAAACCUGCGAUAAAGAAACAAAUCAUCAGAGAACUGAAAGUUCUUCAUGAAUGUAACUUUGCUCACAUUGUUGGUUUUUAUGGUGCUUUUUAUAGUGAUGGAGAGAUCAGCAUUUGCAUGGAAUACAUGGAUGGUGGUUCUCUGGAUCUUAUAUUAAAGAAGGCUGGUAGGAUACCCGAGCCAAUUUUAGGAACUAUUACUUCAGCAGUUCUCAAGGGUCUAAGUUAUUUGAGAGACAAGCACGCGAUAAUGCAUCGCGACGUGAAGCCCAGUAAUAUUUUGGUGAACAGCGCGGGUGAGAUUAAAAUUUGUGACUUUGGCGUAUCUGGGCAACUGAUCGACUCCAUGGCCAAUUCAUUUGUCGGCACGAGAAGUUACAUGUCGCCGGAACGAUUACAAGGCACGCACUACUCGGUGCAAAGUGACAUAUGGUCCUUAGGUUUGUCACUAGUUGAGAUGGCCAUUGGAAUGUAUCCAAUACCGCCACCCGACGACAAGACCAUCGCUGCGAUAUUCGGAAAGAGCCCUAGUGUCGUCGCUGCUACUGCCAAUGAUAUCGCAGCAAACAAUGCGGUUACGCCAACUAAAUCACCGUCUCAUAGACGUACUAACCCGGAGAAAUUCGAGUACCAGGGUACCCAGGAUCCAGGUAGCCCAAGGCCAAUGGCGAUAUUCGAGUUGUUGGAUUAUAUUGUGAACGAACCGCCGCCGAAGCUACCGUCAGGAAUUUUCAGUGACGAAUUUACAGACUUUGUCAAUCGCUGCUUGAAAAAGAAUCCAGCUGAGAGAGCAGAUUUGAAAACGCUUAUGAACCAUGAUUGGAUCAAGAAAGCCGAGUCAGAGAACGUGGAUAUCGCUGGUUGGGUAUGUCGAACGAUGGAGAUACAACCAACCACUCCAACACGCUUAGCGAACGUACAAUCCUGAAUAAAUGUUACUCUUACAUACUUGACCACUUGCAUUCACGUUCAGUACUCUUGAAUUGCGUUUUAGUUGAGCUUUUAAGUUGAUAAUCGCAUUACACUAUCAUUGAUGCAGUGGCGAUUUAUUUAUCAUUUAUUUAUGUCCUUUUCUUUUUCUUUGAUCUAUCGAUGAUAUAUUAAUUAUAUAAGAGAAUAAAUCACGUGAUAAUACUGCGGCGAUUAAAGUAUAUGUUUAACAAAUAAAAAAAUUGAGCUGUGUCGGGAAAUGGUUUGGUAGAGAGAGAGAGAGAGAGAGAGAGAGAGAGAGAGAG